UUCUCUAUAUAGAUCUGUAUCUAUCUUUUCCUCUCUCUCUGAUAUUCGAUUCAUCGCAGAUCCAUUCUCCUUCGAUCGAUCAACAAACCCCAAAUCUUCAUUCAUUGUUCAUCGUUCUGCAAAUCAAACAUGGAUUUCAUGAAGGUGAUCGAUCAGACCGUGCGUGAAAUAAAGAGAGAGGUGAAUUUGAAAGUAUUGAAGGUGCCUGAGAUCGAACAGAAGGUGUUAGAUGCAACUGAUGACGAGCCUUGGGGUCCACAUGGUACCGCAUUAGCAGAGAUUGCACAGGCAACUAAAAAAUUCUCUGAAUGUCAAAUGGUUAUGAAUGUCCUGUGGGCCAGAUUAACUGAAACGGACCGCAAUUGGCGUCAUGUAUACAAGGCAUUAGCUGUGAUAGAGUAUUUGGUGGCAAAUGGGUCUGAACGGGCUGUUGAUGACAUCAUAGAACAUACGUUCCAGAUCUCUUCGCUCUCAUGUUUCGAAUACGUUGAACCAAAUGGAAAAGAUAGCGGAAUCAAUGUGAGAAAGAAAGUCGAGAACAUAGUGGCGUUGCUGAAUGAUAAAGAUAAGAUUCAAGCAGCUAGAAACAAAGCUGCUGCAAACCGUGAUAAGUAUGUUGGAUUAUCAUCAACUGGAAUUACAUUUAAAUCAGGCUCAGCAACAUCACUGAGCAGCAGUAGCUUUCAGAAAAGUGAUCGAUAUGGUGGGUUUGGUGGUUCAAGAGAUAGUGAUACGUAUAGAGAUAGUUUUAAGGAAAGAGAUCAAUCAAAUGAAGACCGGUUUGAACCAGGUAAAUAUAAGCCACGCAGAGAGGCUAGUAGCGGGAGCUCCUCGAAAAAAGGAACGUCUCGUUAUGGAAGCACCAUUGAAGACUCUACAGCUAGUGGUGCAUCAAAACCAUCAACAAAGAACGCUUCUGAUAAAUAUUCCUCAAUUCCAUCACAAACCUCAAGUGCACCAUCAAACAACAACAACGAUGAUGAUUUUGAUGAUUUCGACCCUCGUGGAACAUCAACCACAAAGGCAGCUACUGUAAGCUCUCCACAAGUGGAUUUGUUUGGACAGAGUUUAAUUGGUGACCUUUUGGACGCACCGACAUCGGGCCCCACACAGAAUAAUAAUGGAAUUAGUAAGUCGGAAGAAGUUGAUUUGUUUGCUGAUGCUGCCUUUGUGUCAGCGCCGACAAAUUUGGCUGGGGGGACAUCUGGAUCUGAGAAUAAAGUCGAUCUAUUUGCCUCUCCACCAGCAAGUUUUGCAGCUCCUUCAGCAGCUGUUGACUUUUUUGCGGUUCCUGAGCAAGCUGAGAUCAAGCCCCCAGAAUCUAAGACAAUGCCAGCUCAGACAGUUGACCCAUUUGCUGCUGUUCCGUUGACGAAUUUUGAUGAUUCUGACUUUUUUGGCUCGUUUUCUUCUCAUGCUAGUUCGGUACCUACAGAGCCUGCACAGAGCUUUAUGGAUAGCAGCAGUAACACAAACAAUCAAAACGCUAAAACCCCAGCACCUUCAUCGAAGAAGGAUGGCUUUCAAGUCAAAUCUGGAGUUUGGGCUGAUUCUUUGAGCCGUGGGCUAAUUGAUCUCAAUAUAUCUGGACCCAAGAAGGUAGACCUCACCGAUGUGGGCAUUGUUGGCGGUCUGUCUGCUGGGCCCGAAGAGAAGGACAAGGGACUUCCAAAUUCAUUGUUUAUGGGUCGGGCCAUGGGCACAGGAUCUGGGCUCGGUAAGUCAACUGGUUUCACAACUUCAGCAACAACUGACAUGGAUGAUUUCUUUUCUAGCCUUAGUGGCUCGCAAAAUCAAUAUGGAUCGUUCCAAAAGUAAGCUUUUCUUGAUGUCACAAAACAUUAUGAAUAUACUUUUAAAAUAUUUGAUUGGAGUGUGAGAUCAUUUGGUGUGUAUGUUAAAAUGUCUGCUAAAGUUGGUAGCAAUUCAUUAGACUUUUUGGGUGAUGCUGCAUGCUUAUGAUGGACCAUCACACUGUAUUCGAAUACUCGUAUAUUGCAUACACUUUUACUCCUGUAUUUGUACCAAGCAUACUUGCAAAAGACUCGUGUAUCAUUUAUCCUUAACCGUUUAUUAGGGUAAGGUUUUUGUAGCA